AUUCUGUUCCAAAUUCUGUACCUUCAAAUUCAAAUAACUCUCUUCAGAUCAUCAAUAUCCAGUGACACAGCGAGAAGCACUGUUUAGCAGCUAUAAACAGCAGCAAACUGCAUGAACAUUUGUACUUUACAUCUGUGGUGAAAUGAACACGAAUUUUGUAAUGGCCACACUGUAUGUGGGGGAUCUGCACUCCAAUGUGACAGAGCCCAUGCUUGUGGAGACGUUCAGUCCUGCAGGACCUAUUCACUCCAUCCAGCUCUGCAGAGACAAGAAGACAGGCUCCUCACUCGGCUAUGCAUACGUAAACUUUCAGCAUCCGGCCGACGCUGAGCGAGCACUGGAAAUGCUCAAUUUUGAGCUCCUUAUGGGACAGCCCAUGCGCAUCAUGCAGUUUCAAAGGGAUUCAUCCCUGAGGAAAACCAGUAUCGGAAACUUGUUCAUAAAGAACCUAGACAAGUCAAUUGACAACAUGGCCCUUUUUGACACCUUCUCCUUAUUUGGAAAGAUUCUGUCGUGCAAGGUUGUAGCUGAUGAGAAGGGGUCGAAACGGUAUGGCUAUGUCCACUUCGAGUCUGCUGAGGCAGCGGAUUUUGCCAUGGAAAGGCUCAAUGGCAAAUUCCUGAACGGCCGUAAAGUGUUUAUCGAACACUUUAAGUCACGUGAGGAGCGCAAGGCUGAGACGGGCCCUCGUCAACAAGUCGUCACCAACAUCUACGUCAAAAACUUUGGUGACGACAUGGACAACAAGAUGCUAAAAGACAUCUUCAGCAAGUUCGGUCCUGUGGCAAGUGUUCAAGUUAUGACAGAUGAGAACGGGAAGUCCAGAAGAUUUGGCUUCGUUAGAUUUGAGAGGCACGAAGAUGCACAGAGGGCUGUGGAUGAGAUGAACGGGAAAGAGCUGAAGGGCAAGAAGGUGUAUGUGGGCCCAGCACAGAAUAAAGUAGAGAGACAGACUGAACUCAAGCACAAGUAUGAGCAGGGUAUGAACCUCUACGUGAAGAACCUGGAUGAUAGUGUGGAUGACGAGUGUCUACACACUGCUUUCUCUGCAUUUGGAAACAUUGUGAACGCAAAGGUGAUGAUGGAGAAUGGCUGCUCCAAAGGCUUUGGCUUCGUGCGCUUCUGGUCUCCUGAGGAAGCCAUGAAUGCCAUAAAGGGGCUGAACGGCAGGAUGUGGGGCAGGAGGCAGAUAUAUGUGGGCGUGGCUCAGCGCAAAAAGGAGCGCCAGGCUUACCUUGCCCAUCAGAACAUCCAGAGGUUGGCAAGAAUGCAGACCCAGUACCUGGCUCCCUAUUAUGCCAGCUGGCAGCAGGUCGAGAUGACUUUUCCUCAUUAUACUGCACAGACCAUCCAGCCUCAAUAUGUCCACCAUAUGUCUGAUGUAGUCUACUAUAUGUCUGAUGUGAUGCAUCUUGCAACAGCACAUCAGCAGACCUAUGGCACCAUCACACCCACAACCAAUCAGUUGCCAUAUAUGGAUCAAGUGUGUACAGACACAACUACAGCUACAGCUGCAGAUUCUACUCCUGUGGCAGAUACAGUUUCAGCUGUGGAUACUGUUAUAGCUGUGGAUACAGUGCCAGCUGUAGACACAGUUAUAGCUGUAGAUACUGUGCCAGAUCUACUUCCACCUGCAGCUCCAAGUCCACCUCCAGCUGCAGUUGAGAUUCCAGCUCAAAACCCAGCUGCAGUUGAGAUUCCAGCUCCAGACCCAGCUGCAGUUGAGGUUCUAGCUCCAGACCCAGCUGCAGUUGAGGUUCCAGCUCCAGAGCCAGCUGCAGUUGAGGUUCCAGCUCCAGAGCCAGCUGCAGCUGAGAUUCCAGCUCCAGACCCAGCAGCAGUUGAGGUUCCAGCUCCACACCGAGCUGCAGUUGAGGUUCCAGCUCCAGACCCAGCUGCAGUUGAGGUUCCAGCUCCAGAGCCCGCUGCAGUUGAGAUUCCAGCUCCAGAGCCAUCUGCAGUUGAGGUUCCAGCUCCAGACCCAUCUGCAGUUGAGGUUCCAGCUCCAGACCCAGCUGCAGUUGAGGUUCCAGCUCCAGACCCAGCUGCAGUUGAGGUUCCAGCUUCAGAGCCAGCUGCAGUUGAGAUUCCAGCUCCAGAGCCCGCUGCAGUUGAGAUUCCAGCUCCAGAGCCAUCUGCAGUUGAGGUUCCAGCUCCAGACCCAUCUGCAGUUGAGGUUCCAGCUCCAGACCCAGCUGCAGUUGAGGUUCCAGCUUCAGAGCCAGCUGCAGCUGAGAUUCCAGCUCCAGAGCCCGCUGCAGUUGAGGUUCCAGCUCCAGAGACAGCUGCAGUUGAGGUUCCAGCUCCAGACCCAGCUGCAGUUGAGGUUCCAGCUUCAGAGCCAGCUGCAGUUGAGAUUCCAGCUCCAGAGCCCACUGCAGUUGAGGUUCCAGCUCCAGACCUAGCUGCAGUUGAGAUUCCAGUUCCAGAGCCAGCUGUAGUUGAGGUUCCAGCUCCAGAGCCCACUGCAGUUGAGGUUCCAGCUUCAGAGCCAGCUGCAGUUGAGGUUCCAGCUCCAGAGCCAGCUGCAGUUGAGGUUCCAGCUCCAGAGCCUGCUGCAGUUCAGGUUCCAGCUCCAGAGCCCGCUGCAUUUGAGGUUCCAGCUCCAGAGCCCACUGCAGUUGAGGUUCCAGCUCCAGAGCCAGCUGCAGUUGAGGUUCCAGCUCCAGACCCAGCUGCAGUUGAGGUUCCAGCUCCAGCUGCAGAUGAAGAUAUAACUACAUCUACAUCUACAGUAUCUGAUGUACCCACAUAUCCACCAGCUGGGAAGGUGCUGACAAUUUACGUGUUGGAGUCUGCCCCGGUAGACGACCAGAUCCAGAUGUUUAAAGAUGUUUUACAACAACGUCAACAAUAAGAAGAAGAAGAGGAGAAAGAAGAAAUAACUAUUCCAUCCAACAAUUCCAACCAUAAUAUAUUGGACAAUACAUUGCA